ACAAACAGAAAAUAUUGCUUCUGUGUCCAAGCUAUUAUAUUUCAAUCAUUAAAGUCACGAGAAAUUAAAUGUUGAAUAUUGUCUGCAUUUGCAAAUUUUGCGUUCAACUGUUUUGGCGAUGAAAUAAUUUAAGCGUCCCUGCUAUUGUCGGAAAACAGACUAAAACGUCUUUUAAAGCACCUGUUUAGUCACGUGACGUGUUCGCUGAACACGAGCCAAUUGAAAGAGAACAUUACAAAAACAUAGACUUCGCUUUACAUUGAAGGAUGAACACUUUAUCGACGUAAACUGUACAAAAUCAAAUUUGUCAUCUACUGCGACAGACAACGCGGCUUUAUUUCAGUUCGCCGUUCGGGUGCCUUUGUGCAUUUCCGUUCCUAUUUGAAAACAACUCACAGCAAUCGAAAUUCGUUGCUGUUGCUAGUUUAAUAUUAACGCGAGCAUAAAAUGUGCCAGCAAUGAUUUGACUGAUUAAUAUUCCAACCGGAGAUUCUUCAAGAAAUGGCAAAUGUGAAGCUUUGCUGUUAAAGUACUGCUACGAAGCUUGUUUCCUGGUUCCGAUUCGCUUUCAAAGAGCCCAUGAUUGGUGGAACGGCUAACCAGCUCCUUUAAAGGCGCAUCAAGGAUUUGCUAACCGCUAUGAAAUGACGAUGGAAGAUGCUACUAGAAGAGAGUUUGGUUUAGACGCUACUGCCAUCGUUGGAUGUGGAAUAUCUUUGUUCUUCUGCACCAUUUCCAUCGUUGCUUUCAUAUUUUUCAGACCUCGAACAGAGUCCUUUAUGAUCAAACAGCACCUGACGUUAGCCGUGGGACUCACUCAAAUUGUUCUUCUAAUCAGUAUAGCGGCGUAUAGAAAGAAGGAGGGAUGCCAAGCGAUGUCUGUUGUUAUUCAUUAUUUCAUCACAUCUUGUUUCUCCUGGUGUUUAGUAGACAGCUUAUUCCUGUAUUUUAAUCACACGAACAGCUCGCAUCCUCUGAGAAAACACGUUUACUAUUUUUUACUUGGUUGGGGAUUUCCAGUAACCGUAAUAGCCAUGUCUCUGGCAAUUGGUUUUAGAGCAAGUAAAGGACCAAAACCAUCAUUAGCUCUCUAUUCCUGUUGGCCUACUGAUCACAUUGUCUGGACAUUCGUUAUUCCAUCUCUUCUAGUCGCCGCGCUCAACUUGAUGGUAUUGUGUGUUGUUCUCCGUCAACUUAGACAACCGUCGUACGAUAUUUGUGCCAGGGCCGUUCUGGAAAAACGAUGUACAAGGUAUGGUCUCCGUACCAACAGUCUCAUGUUACUUGGUCUUUGCCUAGGCUGGAUUUUUGGUAUCCUCUCUUUCAGAGAGGUUAAAAAUGUCCGUUUUCAACUUUCGUUUGGACUUAUUAACGGACUACAGGGAAUUUUCUUGUUCUUUUUCCACUGCGUUCUGAACAUUGACAUAAAAGGAUAUUAUCAAUCAGGGGUUCAUCGCUGCAGUCAUGAGGAUGGGUGUUUGACUGAUAGAGAACGAAGUAAGCGAGGCAACCCUCAAGUACAGGACCCACAGGUGGGGUCCCGCAGAAAGAUCAGCAGCAAGAGCCAUCCCGCAACAGAUAACAUUCCUUUGAUAUCAGUAAGAGCCCAAAGCAGAUUCCAGGAAGCAAGCUCAUCUCGUUCCCAGUCCUCAGAACCCAAAAGUGAACACCAGCCGAUUGAGGUGGCAGUAGUAUCAAGGAAUGAAUCAGAACCAGUGGAGAAAGACAAGGAGAACACACCGCAAAAACCCGACCAUGACGCUUAUCCAAGUCUGCCAGGGACACCAGAGCCAUAUGUACCUGAAAUGAGCGUGCAACAGACCAAACGAAAGAGCCUACCACCUGAGCUUCCAAGCAAAAGGACGAAAGAAGAGGUGGAAGGACUUAGUAAAUCAGCGACACUGACCAGUUUAUCGAACUAUAACAAGAAGUCAGUCAGAGACAGUGACAACCAGCAUCCUACACCGGCAGAACACUUAAAAGUACAUCACAAGGUAGAGAAAUCUCACAGCGAGCCCGUGAUCCCUCCAUCUGACGAUCAGCCGAAACCCGCAAAGAAACCGCACUCUGGUCACGGGCAUAGCCAUCCUGAAACUCGGAAGCUUAGUGUCCAGUCCUCUGCUUCAACGGGAGGAGGGUCCGAAAGAAAACCUAGACGAACUUCACGGACGCAUCAGGGAGCUUCUUUGAAUGAGCUGGAAAGUUUGUUUUCCAGUCCGAUUUACGUCAAACCUCAAAGACCUUCUGUUUCCAGUCUACACGGGACAAGCAGUGGAGGAGAGAGAAAACUAUCAAACGAGACGGUCCAAAGGCCUGGAUCAAGAACAUCUUCAAGAAAUACCGAAGAGACAAUGCUCUAAGAGGAAGAUCAAAGCUUGAUACCGCAAAACCCACGCCACACCCAGGACUGUCUUAAUUUUGCCAGCUAAAACUCCGAAAAUACGAGGAGCCUGUGGCGUUGAGAGAAUUUUGGCAUCCGACAGAAAUAAGAAGCACGCACUGUAGAGUAGGAAGUCCAUUUUGACUGGCUCAUUGGUCAAAGGGUUUCGAUGCAGGAAGUCUCAUAGGAGCGAAUUUAAAGAAGGAAGACCCCGAAGAUAUCGGAGGAUUUGUGUAGCCUCUCCCGGUAACUUGAAAAUCUAGUUAUACUUUGAAGAGAUUUGGUGCAUUUGAAACUGAAGACUUCGAACUGAGUAAAUGCCAGUUUCAACUGAGGCCAUUUUGGAAUUCUUACGGUCUAGAGCAGAAACUAAAUAAAACCAGAAAAUAUAUACGUCCCUUGGGCUGAGCGGACAUUAAACGAAUAUCUAACGCGUGUCCGGAAAGAGACACAACAGUCUAUGACGUUACUUUCCGUUUAUAAAAGAAAUAUAAAGCUGCUCGGCUUUAUAGUACGAGGGCAAAUACUGUAAUAGGCAGUACUUCAAAGUACUGGAGGCACACAAUUGUUCGAAUUAUACAAACCAUUACUCAAGUCAAUGUAUAAAUAGGCUAGAUUUAAAAUUAUUUUAACAAAGUUCCGAAAACGUCUAUUAACAAAAAAAAAAAAAAAAAAAAAAUAAGCUUAAAGAAAUCGUGCAUUUGUUUAAAAAUGCAAUAAUUCGCCAAAAUUCCCUCAAGAAAUCUCAAAUGUCAAAUGUAAAACUCCUCCGGUCUUUGAUGACUGUUUUAAGAUAAACCCUCUU